AUGAUUUGCUGGGGCCAGCGGAAAGUGUGCGGCAUGCUGUGCAAGGACGAGAGCUUCUGCCGAUGCGGGAUCGGGGAAUGCAUUAAGGACUUCGCCAAGCAGGACCGAUUUCAUUGGAGGGAAACGGAUCUGGCGGAUGCCGUGCACGCCGCCAAUAUGCGGGGCCAAGAGUUCCUGAAAAAUCUGGACUCCAUGAUUCAGAUCCAGUCGAUCAGCAAGGGCAUUGAGCAUGAGACGCAGGCCAAACAGAGCAUCGAGCGCGUCGAGCAGCAACUGCUCGAGAUGGGGUACACCGUGGAGACGAUGGAGGUGAAACCCACCGUCGAGGGCGAGCAGACGGAGUAUGUGAUCUUUGCCGAAUACUUUUCCUCCCCGGCCAAGACCAACGUCGUCAUCUACGGCUACUUGGACGUGCCGCCCAUUGGGCCGGAGGAGCAGUGGACCCACGAUCCCUUCAAACUGACGCGUCUGGAUGGAAUGCUGUACGGCCGCGGAGUGGCCACGUCCAAGGGUCCGAUCAUGGCCUGGAUAUACGCCCUGGAUGCCUGGCAGAAGGAGAUCGGCGAUCUGCCCGUGAAUGUGCGCCUUGUCAUCGAGACGAGCCACUACCAGGGAAGCCAGGGACUGCGCGGCAUCAUCCACGACCGACCGGAUUUCUUCAGAACCGUGGACCUCAUCAUUCACUGCAGCCACUUAUGGAUCGCCGAUCAUGCGCCCAUGGUCCCCACCAGCCACACCGGGUACAUCUACUUUGAGCUGGAGGUGCAAGAAAAUAAAGCAGCCAGUGCCGAGAUGACGGCUCGAACGGAGCACGAGCCGAUGAGCGAGAUGUGCCAGCUGAUGAGCUCCCUGAUGGACAUCAAGAACGGUGUCCUGGUGAAGGACAUCAACAGGCAUGUGAUGCCGCCCACGCACAAGGACUGGGACAUUAUCUGCCUGGCGGAGGUCGGCACAAUGGAGUUGAAGGAGACGUACGACAUCGAACGGCUGCCGUACGAGCGCACCAAACAGGAGUACCUCAAGCACAAGUGGUGCCUGCCCAGGCUCUCGAUACACGACGUCCUGGUCAACCAGCCAACAAGCAUCCGCAAUCUCUACAAGCCCACGCGCAUCGUGUCAAAGUUCUCGGUGCUGCUGGUGCCGGAGCAGAGCAUGGAGUACGUGCGCUUCUUGAUCAAGGAUCAUUUGGACCGGGCCUAUAGGCGCCUCAAGUGCGUGCACAUCGCCCGCAUUCGGGUCGUUGACCAGCUGGCUCCGCUGAACGAGUCCCGGCACGAUAUCUUCCGCAAAUCCUUCAAGUACGCCUUCAACAGGGUGUUCGAGUGCAAGGUCCAUAUACCAGACACCAUCACCAUCAGCCUGCCGAUCGUGAACGAGCUGCGAAAGUUCUGCAUGCCCACAGCCCACACUUUAGCGGUGCCCUUCGCCUCGGUCCACCACCGCCCGUACACGGGGGACGAGUCGAUCAGCGAGGCGAUGUACGGCCAGAAUGUGGAGCUAUUCCUGACCCUGAUCUACGAGAUGGCGAUGGAGGCGGUGGACUGCAAGUGCAAAGUGGAGAAGGACUACUGCUUCAAGUCGGGCCAUGGCUCCGGUAGGGACUUCCGGCACGUAGUGGACGAGGAGCAGAACACCCAUGUCAUCCUGGAGAUGGAUGCGCCUCCACUGACCAAGAAGGAAAAACGCGAGGCCGUCAAACGAUCGGAGGACGCCAAGGAUGUAUUGCUCGGAGAAGACCGGGAAAGAACGCUUCAGUAA